GCUAAUACAUUUUUCAUGCUCAUCAUGAUUAAAUCAUUCCUUGUAUAUAAAGCAGCAUUUUUUUUGUCUAUUUCUCCUUCUUAACAAAACAUGACAAGACAAAUUGAACCAAUGAUUGCUGAAAAAGAUCCUUUAUCCUUACAUUCAAGUCCUUUUCAACCGGACAUCAUGAAACAGCAUUUUAAAUCACCACCUCAACUCAAAAACAAUUCACCCCCUUUCUCUCCUAAAAACCAAUACCAACCCAACACCCGCAGCUGGGAAAACACCAUUGAAAAAUGUAUCAAGAGUAUUGUGUCUAUCAGCGGAUGCCGCACGCGAGGCAUUGAUACAGAAAUCCCUGGAUCUUUUACAGCAACAGGAUUUGUCGUGGAUCCUGAAAAGGGCCUUAUUUUAUCCAAUCGUCAUGUAGUAUCCAUGUCACCUAUUAAGGCGUAUGCUGUACUUUGCAAUUAUGAAGAGAUUGAAUUAGAACCUAUUUAUCGAGACCCUAUCCAUGAUUUUGGAUUCUUUCGUUAUGAUCCUACUAAAAUCAGAUUUUUGGAUAUGCCUGGUAUUCCACUUUAUCCUCAAGGAGCCAAAGUAGGACAAGAUAUUCGUGUGGUUGGUAAUGAUGCAGGUGAAAAACUUAGUAUUUUAUCAGGCACUUUAGCGAGACUGGAUAGAGAAGCACCUAAUUAUGGUCUGGGUGAAUACAAUGAUUUCAACACAUUUUAUUUCCAAGCAGCAUCCAGUACCAGUUCAGGAUCCAGUGGCAGUCCUGUCUUGGAUUUACAGGGUCGUGCUAUUGCUCUGAACGCAGGUGGUGCCAGUACGUCCUCAUCUAGCUAUUAUCUCCCUUUGGAUAGAGCACAACGAGCCCUCCGUUUGCUUCAACAAGAUCUACCUAUACCUCGAGGCACACUUCAAGCCACAUUUCAAUACCAGUCGUAUGAUGCAUUAUUGCAACUGGGCCUAAGCCGUCAUCUAGAGAAACGGUUAAGAGCACAACAGUCGAAUGAGGGUCUAUUGGUCGUCAAAUCCGUGCUGCCUGAUGGCCCUGCCUUUGGUCAUUUAGAACCCGGUGAUAUCGUCUUAACCUGUCAAGGAAAAGUCUUGAAUCGCUUGUUUGUGGAUCUUGAAAACUGUUUAGAUACCGCUGUAGAAAAAAACGAGCCAGUUAGUUUCGUCGUGUCGCGAGCAGGCGAUAUUCGAGAAGUCAACAUGACAGUACAAGAUUUGCAUUCAGUCACACCUUUUCGAUUCCUAGAGUUUGCAGGUGGUAUUUUGAAUGAUCUGUCGUAUCAAAUGGCAAGAUCGUAUGGUUUAUCAUUGAAGGAUGCAGGUGUUUAUGUCGGCAUGUCUGGGUUUAUUCUCAGUACAGCCAGAGCCAUGCGUGGUUCCGUAAUUGUGGGGAUCAAUAAUCAGCCUGUGCGAUCCUUGGAUGAAUUCGUUCAGGUCGUGUCCCAUAUCGAACAAGGGAAGAGAGUACCUAUUCGGUAUUACUCAUUACAAAAACCUAUGAAAGUCAAGGUAAUGAUUGCUCAUAUUGAUUGGCGAUGGCACAAGUUUCGAAUAGCUACACGAAAUGAUAAAACGGGUGCUUGGGACUAUCAAGUACUAGAAACGCCUUUACAGACAAUGCCUUCUAUCCAACAAGAGACGGUCCUCACUUGUACUGAAGAAGACAGAGUGGCUCAGUCAGCGCAAGACCUUUGCAAAAGUAUUGUCUCUGUGGAUUGCUUACCACCCUUUAUGGUCGAUGGUUCCAAGAAUGCUCAUUCGUAUGGCGCUGGUGUCAUUGUCUCUAUGAAUCCUCCCCUGAUUGUCUGUGAUCGUGAUACAGUGCCCAUGAGUAUCAAUGUGAUUUCUGUCACUUUUGAUAAUUCAAUCACUAUUUCUGCUGAUCUCUUGUUCUUACAUCCUUAUUAUAAUUUCGCCUUACUUAAUUUUGAUCCUGCCCCUGUCAUCAAUGCUGGUAUUGAUAUCAAAGUGGCUCAAUUAGUCGAUCAAGACUUUAAGUUAGAAGAUACAGUCACUUAUGUUGGUUUAUCAGGCCGAAAUGAAGUUCAAACCAAGAAAACAACGAUUAAUAACCUCAGUGCUGUUCGUACUUCAGAAACAACACCUGCUCGAUGGAGAGCCAUGAAUGUAGAAGCCUAUAAAGUAAGUGACGGCAGUCUAUCCAGUCAAGGCGGUUUAUUUGCAGACGAUCAAGCACAAGUCAGAGCCAUCUGGAUGAAUUUUUCAAUUGAAAACGAACGACGUGAACUCUCUAGUAUCUUUGGUGGUAUCAGUGCACGCUUGAUCUUGCCUGUUCUCCAGAAAAUCAAAGCAGGCCAAUCACCGAUGGUCCGAGGCAUGGAUGCUGAAUUCUGGUCGUUGCAAGUCUGUAAUGCCAGACUGGUAGGUGUCAGUGACGAAUGGAUCCAAAAGAUCAAACACAAGGCUACAAAAGAAGGCCGUCAGCCGUCUGUGGUCUAUGUACUCGGUGUCACGGAUAUCUCUACGCCUUCAGGUCAACUAUUAAAAGCGGGAGAUAUCGUCUUGGCUAUUGAUGGUCAAGUACUUUCCAGUAUUUCAGACUUGAGUCAGUUCCAUGAACAAGACACAUUAACUAUUACAUUGUUAAGAGAUGGUAUAGAGCAAGAAAUGCAAGUACCUACCACACAACAUGAUGGCAAAGAAACCACUGAGCUUGUGGGAUGGCAAGGCCUCUUGAUCCAAAAUACGUAUAGAGCAGCUAAAGAACAAGUACGUACACAAGUACCUGAAGGUGUCUAUGUGGCUUCUUGUCUGUUUGGUUCACCUGCUCAAGCUUGUCUUCGCCCUGGUAUUUGGAUUACGCAUGUAGGUUCAUCUUCUGUCAAGACACUGGAUCAAUUCCUUCAGGCUGUCAAUAACAAGACAGUCUAUCAGGCGAAACCUACUCAAUCCAUCAAUACCUCACAUCAGUUACUUUCACUGCCUACACAAGAAGAAAUGGACGAAAACAUGGCUUUCCAAGACGAUGCCACACAUCUCCAAAUCAAGUUUGUCACGGCUGAUAAUUUAACCCAAGUCAAGGCACUUAAACUAGACCAUCAUUAUUGGCCUACAUGGCAUAUCAAAAAGAACGAAAGCUCUCCUCUUGGUUGGGACAUGUCCUUUUUAUCUUAAUAAAAACGU